AUGGCUUCUGUACUUGACCAGAUUAAACAAUUUACCACUAUUGUUUCCGAUACUGGCGAUUUCGAAUCAAUUGCCCAAUAUAAGCCUCAAGAUGCAACUACCAAUCCGUCGCUUAUCUUGGCUGCCUCGCAAAAUCCCCAAUACGCGCAUUUAAUUGAUCGAGCGAUUGAAUAUGCUAAAGCGAAAGGAGGAAAUAUCAACGAUCAAUUGAUCAACUUUGGCACUGAAAUUCUCAAAAUUAUCCCCGGUCGCGUCUCCACAGAAGUCGAUGCCAGACUCUCGUUUGACAAGGAGGCCACGCUUGCAAAAGCGCGGCACUUGAUUGGUCUCUACAAAGAAGCUGGAAUCGACAGCUCACGCGUGUUGAUCAAAGUCGCUUCUACAUGGGAAGGAAUUCAAGCGGCGAAACAAUUGGAGACGGAGGGAAUUCAUUGUAAUCUGACUUUAUUGUUUUCCUUUCCGCAGGCAGUAGCAUGUGCUGAGGCAGGCGUUACCCUCAUCUCACCGUUUGUCGGCCGUAUUCUCGACUGGUACAAGAAAAGCACAGGCAAAGUUUACGUGGCGCACGAAGACCCGGGUGUUCAGUCCGUCAAGCGUAUCUACAACUACUACAAAAACCAUGGAUACAAGACCAUUGUGAUGGGUGCCUCGUUCCGAAAUACAGGCGAAAUAGAGGAAUUGGCAGGUGUUGAUUUCUUAACGAUUAGUCCGGCGUUGUUGAAGGAAUUGAAUCAGAAUAAUAAACAGGUUACCCGUAAAUUGAGUCCUGAAAUUGCUGCAACACAAUCCGAGCCUAAAGUUUCGUUUGACGAGAAAACCUUCAGAUGGGAAUUGAACGAAGAUCCGAUGGCCACUGAGAAAUUGGCCGAGGGCAUUCGAAAGUUUGCUGAAGAUGCCGUGAAAUUAAAAAAGCAACUUAAGGAACGAUUGUCGUAA